GCAGCAACUGCAGCAGCAGCAACUGCAGCAGCAGCAACUGCAGCAGCAGCAACUGCAGCAGCGUGCCAGAAGUCGUCAGGAGCGGUGAAGCGGGCCGAAAUGAUGAGGCGGGGCAGCCAUUGGGCCCUGGCUUUCAUGUCGUUGCUGCUGUGGCGCCAAUCCGCGACAAUCGAAGUACCAAACGAUCCAAAGAUCCUGGCGGACCUGAAACAGCCCCCUACUAUUACCAAGCAGUCAGUAAAGGAUUACAUUGUUGACCCCAGAGAUAACAUCAUCAUCGAGUGCGAAGCCAAGGGCAACCCGGUGCCAACGUUCUCAUGGAGAAGGAAUGGCAAGUUUUUCAACACUGUAAAAGAUCUGCGUGUGACAAUGCGCAAACGUUCGGGAACCCUGGAAAUCGGAUUUCGGAACGGAGGACGGCCGGAAGACUAUGAAGGCGAAUACCAGUGUUUUGCCACCAAUGAUCACGGAGUGGCAAUGUCCAACAAAAUUCUACUUAGGGUCUCGAAGGCACCUCUGUGGCCUAAGGAGGUGCUGGAGCCAGUGGUGGUGAGCGAGGGCUCGUCGCUGGUCCUCCCCUGCAACCCCCCUCCGGGCCUCCCGCCUCCGUUCACUUUCUGGAUGAGCAGUAUGAUGAUUCCGAUCCGACAAGAUAAGCGAGUGUCCAUGGGUUUGAACGGAGACAUGUACUUUUCCAACGUGGUGGCCCAAGAUGCUCAGAACGACUACAGCUGCAACGCUCGCUUCCUCUUUACGCACACCAUCCAGCAGAAGAACCCCUUCACUCUCAAAGUUCUUACCAAUGAUCCUUAUAAUGACACCUCUUACAAUGACAGUGACCCAUAUGGUGGCCGUAAAGUUGCUGAGUCCACGCCAACCUUCCUCACACCGUCGGGGAGCGAGAGCUCCAAAAUGGUGCUGAGAGACCAGCAACUGCUGCUGGAGUGUAUUGCUGCUGGACUCCCCACGCCGGCUAUCAAAUGGUUUAAGAAGGGCGGCGAUCUGCCGGCACAGAAAGUCAAGUUUGAGAAUUACAACAAGACCAUGAAGAUUGUGGCCGUGUCUGAGGAGGACACGGGGGAAUACGUCUGCAUGGCCACCAAUCAUUUAGGGAGCAUCCGCCACUCCAUUUUUGUUCAAGUGAAAGCGGCUCCUUACUGGCUGGACAAACCGACCAACUUGGUGCUAGCUCCAGAAGCCAAUGGCCGCCUGGUGUGUCGGGCCAACGGCAACCCCAAACCCAGCAUCCGAUGGCUGGUUAACGGCAUUCCCAUAAACAGCUCUUUGCCUGACCCGAGUCGCCAACUCAUGGGCGACACCAUCAUCUUCCGCUCGGUGCAGAUGGGAAGCAGCGCGGUCUACCAAUGCAACGCCUCCAACCAGCACGGUUAUCUUCUGGCAAAUGCCUUUGUCAGUGUCAUCGAUAUGCGUCCAAGGAUACUUGGGCCAAAAAAUCAACUGAUCAAAGUCAUCGAGAACAACCGCACCUUUCUGGACUGCCCCUUUUUCGGUUCCCCUAUUCCAGAUUUACGCUGGUUUAAGAACGGACAAGGCAGCGGCCUAGACGGCGGACAUUACCGCGCUUAUGUCAACGGCAGCCUGGAGAUCCAACGUGCCAGAGCGCAGGACGAGGGCACCUACACUUGCGUGGCCAGCAGCAUUCUGGGCAUGGCUGAAAACCAGGUCCGCCUGGAGGUCAAAGAGCCCAGCCGUAUCGUCGGGGCCCCUGAACACCAGUCGGCCAUCAGGGGGUCCACGGCUCGUUUUGACUGCAAAGUCAAAUUUGAUCCCAGCCUGGCUGCCACUGUGACUUGGACCAAGGAUGACAAGCCCAUCCAUCUGGGAUGGAGGCUGAGGAAAGACGAGGAAUCGCUGACCGUCCCGAACGUCAACGAGGGGGACGAAGGAACUUACACGUGUACUGUUGAAACCGAGAUUGACCGGGACUCGGCCUCGGCUCGUCUCACCGUGUUAGAAGAAGCCUCCCUCAACCCCUCACUUUCUAGUGCCUUGCCUCCAGACCUCCCCGACCCUCCUAUGGAUCUGGAGCUGUCAGAUCCGGCAGCCCGGAGUGUUCGCCUCACCUGGAUCCCUGGAAAUGACCACAGAAGUCCCGUCACAGAGUUUUUGGUCCAGUUUGUGGAAGACCGCUGGGAGCCAGGAAGAUGGCAGGACCUGGCCACCUACCCCGGGGACCUCAACUCGGUCAUUCUGCAGCUGGCUCCCUUUGUCAACUACCAGUUCCGAGUUAUUGCCAUCAACCAGGUGGGCCGGAGUGCGGCCAGCAGACCCUCACCCCAAUACCAAACCAGUAGCGCUGCUCCUGAUGUUAUACCCAGAGGCCUCCGAGGCUGGGGCUCACAGAAAGACAACAUGGAGAUCACCUGGGAGCCCCUGCUUGAUCUGGAGAAGAACGGCCCUAAUUUGCACUACGCCGUGUGGUGGAGACGCAAAGAUUCCGAUGCCGAGUGGAGCAAUGUGACCACAACGGGGACCAAACAUGUUGUCCACAACACACAAACCUAUGUAGCCUAUGAAAUGAAAAUCCAGGCCAGGAAUGAUCUUGGAGCAGGACCAGAGUCCAAUGUGGUCAUUGGACACUCGGGAGAAGACCGACCCACCGGCGCUCCGACCGAGCUGCGCCUUUCUAAGGUAGACAGCACCAAAGCAAAUGUCCACUGGAAGCCCGUCAAGCAGGAGUCGGUCCGAGGAGAAUUCAAGGAGUAUAGACUGCACUAUUGGCGUGAGGCCAGUCACGUGCCCGCUUUGGUGUUUAGCAAGGAGAACAAGACCAAAGGUUUCUACACCACCGUGGCCGAGCCGUCGGGCAUCCUCAGCGACCUGGUGCCCUUUUCGCGCUACAAGAUGUUUAUGGUUGUGGCCAACAAUGGUUACCAAGGUCCGCCCAGCAACACGGUUGAAUUCAGCACAAAGGAAGGAGUGCCCGACGCUCCCAGUUUUUUCAGGAUCAAGCGAAGAGGCUUGGAUUCCAUUCAUCUGGAGUGGGACAAACCUCUGGAGCCAAAUGGUCUCCUCAUUGGAUACCAGCUCAAAUACCAAACAGCCAACGGAUCGAGAGAGGGUCGACCUCGCGUUGAGACUUUCCUUCCAAACGUGACGGAGUUCACGCUCCGUCUUCCCGAUCGCUCCAGCCGCUACAAUUUCUACCUGUCGGCGCUCACCCAGGUGGGAGCGGGCGAGGUCUUUGCUGAAGAAUCCCCCUUCUUUGGCAACGAAGAAAACUUUACUGAUGCUACAGGUCUAGUUGAGCUUACGGAUGCCUCUUUGGCUUCAGCUUUCACUCUUACUCCUCCUCCCACUCCUACAACAAUUAGUACCUCACCUUCUACUCUUCCAAUGUCUACAACGAUAGAGGCUACUACUCCUACCACUACUAGUACUACUGCUACUACCAGCAUUGAGGCCGACCCUACCACACUACCGUCUGUGCUGGUCAUCAACAAGAAUAUUGAUAAGAAUGUGUUGGACACCCAUUACGCAGUGGCCCACGGGCGAGAGAUCUGGAAUGUGACGGUGGAGCAUAACAGUAACUACGCUAACGUCAGCUGGAGACACAACUUCCCGGCCGGCAGCAGCGAGUUUGUGCUAGAGUUCACACUGGACAGGGACAAGACAAUGAAAACUGUACCAGUGAGUCAACAGCCCCCCAUUACAGUGGCGGAUUUGAUGGCGGGUGCCAAGUACCAUCUGAGAGUUUACUCCCAUGAACUCAGCAACGUCACCAGCAAAUCUGUCACCUUUGAGACCAAGCAAGCCUAUAUUGACCAGGUGGACAUCGCAACGCAAGGCUGGUUCAUCGGCUUGAUGUGCGCCAUCGCCCUCAUCAUACUGAUCCUUCUCAUCGUCUGCUUCAUCAAACGGAGUCGUGGAGGCAAAUAUCCAGUUCGAGAUAAAAAAGAUCUUCCUUUGGACUCUGUUGAUCACAAAGACCCGGACGGAUCCUUUGAAUACCAGAACCAAAACAAGAACAGCAGCGACGAGGACAACAAGCCUCUUCAAGGUAGCCAAACAUCACUGGAGGGCAACGUGAAGGAGAGCGAUGACAGCCUGGUGGACUACGGAGAAGGCGGCGACGGGCAGUUCAACGAGGACGGCUCUUUCAUCGGCCAGUACACGGUAAAGAAGGACAAGGACGAGACUGAAGGCAACGAAAGCUCAGAAGCCACCUCGCCUGUCAAUGCCAUCUACUCCCUGGCGUAGUGCAACUUUUUAGACUCGCUCGCUCGCUCGCUCGCUCACACGGCCUAGCGCACAGGUGAAGGAAGACUCCAUAUGAAUACGUAGUAUAUGCGACUGUGAGCUAUCAGCUCAUGCCUUUUUUUUCCAUUUCCACAAGUUGGAGAAGAAAUGUGGUCAAUUUGCUUUUGUUCUCAGCCAGCCUGGCUGGCUGGCUGGCUGGCUGGCUGGCCGGCCGGCUGCCCUUUCUCCACACAGACUUGAGUGUGCCUUCGGGGUAGCUUUCAGCGGCCUCCAAAAGCGCUCUGUUUUUUUUCCCAUGAGUACUAGGUUCAACGGCAUAUCGGCCUACAAGCGUCAAACUCGGCAGGAUGCUAGCAGAUAUGUUUAUCAUAUUGAUACAUAUACACAAAGAAAGAUUGGAAUUUUCCACUGCUGGUAGAUGUCUCAUUCAAUCUUAAAGAAUGCUGUACACAAUUUAGCGCCCCAUCCAUCCAUCCAUCCAUCCAUCCAUCCAUCCAUCCAUCCAUCCAUCCAUCCAUCCAUCCAUCCAUCCAUCCAUCCAUCCAUCCAUCCAUCUCGCUAUGCACUAGCAUGCCACUUCACAUUGCUUGAUAUCUGCACGUGUUGUUUUUGAUCCCAGCUGCAGGGUAUGACACAUGCUUCUAAUCACUUUGCCUUUUACACUGUGGUAGAAUUGCUUUUCUGACCUCAGAGUGCAGAUGUCCAAUAUGGUAACCGCGUCAAGAAAAAAGCCAUAUCUGCUAUAGCAGCUCUGACAGUGUACGUUGCUAAUGUGUCCCAUUUGUACAAAAACAACUGGUUUCGUAGCACGGGAGUAGCUCAACAGAAGAAACAUUUGGAAGGCGUCAAAGAGUUACUUUUGCUCGAGGAACACCAGAAGACAAAAAGCUGCUGCAAGCUGACUGAUGGGUGCUGUAUUGUAAGGUGUAUACAUGAUGAUUAACAUUGGUUUUUAUUCACAUUUUAUUUCACACGUUUGAUACCAACACAUCUCUUUAGCAUCAUAAUCUCAUAAUGGAGUGAAUAGAUAUCCUAUAUUAUAGCCUACUACUUUUUCAAAAAUAUUUUCUUAUUGGUGACAGCAGCAAAGUUGCCCAUUUGUUUUUCGCUCAAAGAAAAGAUGAAGUCAUGUACGCAUGCAGUUUCAUUGUCGGGCAAAAAUGCAGCCGUAUGCUCGCAAUUUCUUUUUCACUCUGUGUUUCGUUUCAAGCAACACGGCAAUGUUUACAUCGUAGUGUCAUUACCCAAACGGAACAAAGCAUUCUUUGUUCAUUGCUGUGCUGGGCCUGUUGAAUAGUUGAAGUGCUGAGUUUGGAGCAGACGCUACAUUGAAGUAGCCACAGUACCGUAGUAGUACACAUGUCAAGGCAAACAGGAAUGCUUUUUUUUUCUUCUUCUUUCCAAUUUGCAAACACACCACGAGUAGCAUUGUGAGUGUACAAUGAUGCUGUUGCUGAUCAUAAUUGCAAGAGUCGAUGGAAGAGGAAUAGUAUCGCGCCUUCGCUCUAUUCUGUCAAAAUUGGCUUUGUCAACACUUUUGUGCAUUGGAGUUUUAAAAACGUAUCGCAUGAGAAAACCGUUCAUUGGUCACAUAACGUGGAAAUGUUACGGUGCUCUUUUUGGAAGGAAGAAAUGCACUGUAUGUAUGCCUGCCUGCAAUUCUAAUUCUGACUCCACUGCUUGACUUUUUGCAUUCCUUCAGUCCAGCACAAUUCAAUUGAGCACAAGAGAGUAGUGCUAAUAAAGCCAAUAGAUUUCGAUUUGACUCCAGUUCACGACUGGAGUUCAUAUUUUAUCUGACAGAUUUAUUUGAUAUUGUAUUUAUUGCUUUAUGUGGAUCCUGUUAAUUCAUUAAUACCAAUAGGUAAUCAUGUAUUUAAUAAAUGUGACACAAACAU